CCCCACUUCAUGGAAGCCUUGACCAUCACGGAGACGGACCUGGGCCUGAACGCUCCCACGAUACGCAAGGCAUCCAAGCCUAUCGUUGACUCCAGGGGGAUGUGGAUCGACCUGGAGAUGCACUACGGUGGCUCCUGCUGGAUGACCCUCACCACCAAGUUCAACCUCUGGAAGCUGGGCAAGGAUACCCGCAUGGAGAGAGAGAUGGAGGAUCUCAUGACUGGCAAGAAGGAGGGCAUCGAGAAGCUGGAAAGACGUGCUCCCCCGUCAGAACCAUCUCUCAGCAAAAAAGGCAGUAAGGGCAUUUCUUACAAAAAAUCUGCUGUAGACAAAGCCAGCAUGUACUAUCCCGAUACCUCACCCAAUACUAUGCAUGGAAAAUCAAGGAGACAAAUGUCUGCUGCCCUCGAUAGUGAUGAGGAGGACAGUGCAGAGUCAUCUGAUGAUGAGGUGGCUGAAGAAACUAACAGUACUACCAGUAAUGAAAGUCUACUAGAAGAUGGAGCACGUAGCUCCAGUAAGAUCUUGAGGUUUGUGAACAAGGUUGCCAACUCAAACUACUUCCAGAGGGCCACGCAGAAUAAAUACGUGAAGAGAGCCUUCAACGAGGUAUCCAACACGGCAGUGGAACUCACAGUGGAAGUGAAGGAACUGAGAGGUGUGCUCACUGUGAACAUUCCACCACCGCCUUCUGAUAGAAUAUGGUAUGGAUUCCGAGGGAAACCUCACCUGUGGUUAUCGGCCAAGCCUAAGCUAGGGACAAGACAGGUCACGAUAACCCACAUCACAGAGUACAUUGAGAAGAAACUAGAGAAAGAGUUUCAGAGAGUAUUUGUACUGCCCAACAUGGACGAUAUCCCUGUGCCAAUCAUGAACUUUGACAUUGAGGAGCAUCGCUUUGCCAGAUGAUAAAUCACCCUGCCUCGACUAUCCCUUGAACAGCGCCCCCAGGGUGAUCUGCGUGUCACUCUAGUAUCCAAGUCGCAUUUGUCAGUGAUUCCAGUCAAUGAUCAGCUUAAUGUUAAUGUUUCAUGUACAUUGGAGUAGGAUUGAAGUCUGCUGCUCCAAUCAACUAUUAUCAGUUAAAGUUGUCAAAGUAUUCAUGUUUACAGAAAAUAGCCAUGGGUAGAAAGGAUUGAUUCUUUCACCCUUGUAAACAAAAUUGAAUGUGUGUCAUGUAAUAGUGAAUUGACGAGAGGGAGUGUGACAUUGUGAAACCUGCAGAGACUACUAUGUAUGGAAUUACUGGUUUCGCACAAAUACAAGCUGUUAUUGAGGUACUUGUUACACUCAUAUGAUUGGUUUAUUUAUGUUUUCAAAACUAGCUGAUUUUGAUCUAGUCUGGUGUGCUGCUUCCACAAUAGCAAUCUGCUUUUGUGAAUACUGCAGUCACUGUGUAUAAAAGAUUGUGAGGAAUUGAAUAUUGAGAGGAUGUGCUGCUUAGUGCUCAAAUAAUGAACGUCUGAAUUGUAGGAGGAUAUAAUUCAGGGGAAUUAAAAUGGAAAAUUGACAGGGAAUAAGAGAUCCUGGAUAUUUGAAUAAAGAAACCACAUAAAAUUGCAAUCACUGCUAGUGAAUUACAAAACCUUUUCGUCUGAAAAAUAGAUGAUAAAAAAGAAGAGCCGGUAAAGGUACAUGAAAAUAAAGAAUGUCUGUUUAAAAUAUACAACGGGCAUUGCCUUUAAACUGCCAGUCACACCAUUCUCUUAUUUUGUAUAGAUACAACUCAUUGUACUUGAUUGAAAUCUAAAUCUGAUCAGUACUUUUCUAUAAACCUAAUGAUUGAAUCAUGAGGAGUGAUGAAGUGUUUUGUAUUGUAUAUUAGAUAAAAUUGCAGCGCUUUUGUAUCAGCAUUGGAAAGGUGCUCUAUUGAACACCUUCUAAAUCAGAUAGAUUGUAGCAGUAUCAUCCUAUCUGGUGGUAUGGGGCCAAUCAUCUGAUUAAUAUUACCAUUUGUAAUAAUAUUACCAUUAUGUGCGUGUGGCCUAUAGUAGCCUAAGUCACAACCUUUGUUAGGGCCAAGUUGUUGCUGUUCUUCUGGUUGUGCAACUCAUUACUUUGUGAGAAUGGCUCCUUGGAAUAUGACGAUUGCUCUCGAAACUUUGCUUCAGCGGCAGAAUCACUUUUGAAGAUUGCUCCAUGAUUUAAUCCAACAAUGCUUGUAGGUCUAUGCAUGUUCAUCAACCAAUGGAAAUAUGCCAAGUGUUCCACAGUAUCAUUUUGAAGUAGUUGCAUGUGGCAAAACACUUCAUCCUGCAUCCAAAUUUCUAUCGCACAAGAACCUCUAACCACUAAACAAAGCCAGUUGCUUCAGUGGAAGUUCAGAAUAUUGUCAUUGGAGUAUUCUUUGAUGGAGCAGUUGUCAGCAAGAGUAUUGUUAUCAGAGCAUAGAUAACAAAGCAAUCAUGGAAUGAUUAGGCUUUAAAGCCAUAUUAUUAUAUCUUUCAUGGGGGAUUUCAUGUCCUCCAAGUGUUUAUUCAGUAACAGAUGUCAUCUGUCAUCCAGGGUGGGAAGAUGUAUGCACAUCCUCCACUCCCUUGGGAGUAUUCUAGUCAGUCGCCAAUGCGCACACAAUGCUGGACAAGGUAAAACCAUCACGUCCUACCGGGUACCAAUUGGCACCUGGGUGGAGAGUGAGAAAGUGUGGAUUAACGCCUUGCCAAAGGACGUUAGGCCGUGGUGGGUUUCGAACAUAUGACCCUCAUAUUACAAGGUGAGAGUCGGAACCACUACACCAAAGCUAUUACACGUUGUUCAUUCCAUACAUUUCCGCUGUAUGUUAAAGUCAUUUCACACUUUCCCUGGCCAUCUGCCUGAAGCCGAUGGAAUAGCAGGUUAGCUGCGUCAAAGAGGUAACUCAAUAACAGCUAUUUCAAAUUCUUGUUUCACUAAAUUGUGACCCACUUCCUAUGAAAGCUAUAAAUGAGUAUAGUAUCUUUCUAUGGAGUAAUUACAUUCUGAGGAUAUGACUUCCUAAUGUUCUUGUGUGUUCUUUGUCAAAAGUACCAAAAUCAUUUCUUGUCAACAUCAGCAUAUUUGUGCAGUAAUUUAUGAUUGAAAACUGAAUAUAUAUGUAUAAAAUAAAAGUCUAUUUAAUUACAUUUUAAAAAAGCAAAGUGUACUUGAGUGAAAAAUAUAUGAUAUAUGAAUUUGAUUUUUUUUCCUGAGCACCUAAGAUAUCAGUGUGGGAUUAUGUAUAUGUGUACAUCGAAAAAAUAAAGUAAACGAAAAUGCCUUGCUAUGUGAUCUGUCUUCUAGUGGAUCUGGGGAUUUGCUUUUCACUCUUCAUGAUUAAUUUUUAGUCUGUAUGGAGUAAUGUUUCUGUACAUUCAAUCUUUUGCAUCAGUAUUGCAAGUUGAAUUCAUGUGUGGUUGAUUCAAUGUUGAAAGCUCUACCUGUAGACUAGUUUGUGUUCGUGAAAUCGAUGUAGUUACCUAGGACAGUCAUUAAGAUUCAUGCACAUUCUUUGAAGAAAAAUUUGUUUCCUAGUGUAAUACCAGUUGCACGUUACUUGACUGUAAACGAUUCUGUAAAUCUCGUGCGAUAUUUUGAGACAUUAGAUAGGUCCUCUGAUUCCUAACCCAAUGGACAAGCAUUGUUUAUAAAUUAAUGAUGCACAAUGGUGGUUUUACCUCCUAACUCUUGGGUCAGUCACCAGAGGUUGUUGCAGAAAAUCAAAUGCAACAAAAAAAUCAAGUGCAAGUAGUGUCUGAAUACAUGCCUAUGGCCCCUGUAACACAAAGGUUAGCGAUUAAUCGCUAAAUAAUUGCUAAUCUCUGUGUUUGGGGGCCCUGGCUGGUUGCAAUCCUAGCUGCAUGUGAUUUAAGAGUUGAGGUUGAUUGCAGCUUUUCCUGCCACAGGCCAUAGGGUCAGUUUUCAGUUCAACUGUCAGUUCAACACAUUUCAACUCGAGACGAGGAAAAACUUUUACUAAGUAGUUAACUUUUCUAUUCAAUUCAUUGCUUAUAGUGCAGUCACAUUUCGCCUACGAUGGCCAUAUGGCGAUUCAAAAGCAGGCGUUUUUAUUAUUUUUAUACCUGCUUCCUGUGAGUGGUUCAUAUAGAAAUCCGUAAAUAUUCUGUUAUUGACUCACCGUUCUGACACAGGAGGGGAAAUGUGACUGCAGCGAUAUUAGCAACUUUACUGAAGUAAUUCAAGCCAGAAUUGUUACUGAAAACUGAUACAGUAUUAUCAUUUGUCAAAAAAAAAGACGGGUGCAAGUAAUAGCUCAGCUCCCUAGCUUUUAAAUAAAU